AUGAGAAGCAAAGGACGCAAAGCAAAGAAGCAAAGCAAGUUAAUGAAAAUCGUAUGUUCACCCAUCAGACUUCUAAGCAAGGCAAGAGCCUUCUACGUGAAGAAUAUAGAGGAGUGCGCUGGCGGGGUUGGUCGUGGCGGUGGGGUGGUUUGCCCUGCUCCCCCUGCAGCUUCACGCUUGCAUAAGAGCUUCAGUGUCAACUCCUCUAAGGCAAGCGACGAUGAAGAGUUUAGACAACUGCUUCGUGCGGCAUCUAAGCGAGGGAUAGACAGCAAGGUGCAAUCAUCAGGCAUGAAACGGACCACAGCGGGAUCUGGUGGGAUGGGGAUGAGAAGCUACAGUGUUGGGAUUGGAAAGAUUGGGAGAAUUGACGAGGACAAGCCUUGUUCCUUUGAGGAAGAAGAGAUUGAUGCUAUGCUGUAUCCGCGAAGUAGAAGCUACGCAGCUAGGAGGAAUGUUGUAGUGUAUCGCUAG